AUGAAUCAAAACGGUGAUUUUACAGGUGCUUACCACACUAAUGAAUUUCCGUAUAUAUUUGACACGUGGAUCUUUUCUGAUAAGUUCGAAUUCAGUGCUGAUGAUCGCGAAUAUCAACGUCUUCUUCUCGAAUCGAUAGUGGAGUUCGUCAAAACUGGAAAACCCUCGAAUGGAACGAUGAAAUGGAAACCGACCAGCAAAAAAUAUCCAUCUCGAUAUCUCAGUUUAAGACCACAAGGAUCUCACAUGGUUGAAGCAUACAAGCCAGAGAAUGUUCACUUUUGGACAAAGAUUGUUUCGAAGGAGGUGACAUCCCAUAUUCUCAAAGGAAAACGUUUCCAAAAACCCGGUGGACCAGAGCAUACUCAUGAGGAGUUAUAG